AUGCUGCUCUCGACGAGACGCACAAUCGCGUUGACGUGCAUCGUCUUCGUCUUUGUACUUCUGACCGGCUACCAAUCCGUCAAGCACGACUACAUACCCAGUCCUUUUCACCUGGGACAAGUCCUGAAGAAUGGCACCAUCGCCGCGGCCUCGUCGGCGGCUUCGUCUCUCACGACACAAAGUCCAUUCUGGACUACCGAGCAGCUCGUGCCUCGGUUCGCUUACGUGCAGUACGCGACCGACAUUGACUAUUUGUGCAACGCGGUCAUGAACUUCCAUCGCCUGUCGAGGUUCGGUGCCAAGCACGACCAGGUCCUCAUCUUUCCGGACAAGUGGACGGCAGGAGAUUCGCGGGAGGCCAAAGCCAUCAACAAGAUUAAGGAGGAGCUUCCCGACCUCGUCCUGCGGCCCUUUGGCCUACUCGUCACCAACAAAGGCGAUGCGACCUGGGCUCAGAGCCUUACCAAGUUCCACGCCUUCGACCUGACAGACUACACGCGCGUCUUGGCCUUCGAUUCGGACUCGCAGGUCCUCAACAGCAUGGAUCACUACUUCCUCGCCCCGAUGGCCGCCGUCGCCGUCCCGCGCGCCUACUGGCUUAACGAGAAGGACACCCCCGUCGUCAAGCAGGUCCUCGGCUCCCACGUCAUGCUCCUCGAGCCCAACAAGGCGCGCUACGAGAAGAUUGUCCAGGAGGCCCUGCAGUCGGGCGACUUCGACAUGGAGGUUAUGAACCACAUGUUCAAGGACUCGGCCAUGAUCCUUCCCCAUCGCCGCCUCGCCCUCUUGACGGGCGAAUUCCGCGCCAAGGAGCACAAAAAGUACCUCGCCCCCGACGAGGACGAGGAAUGGAACGCCAUGGGCGAGGUCUCGAGGUCCUACCUGGUCCACUUCAGCGACUGGCCGCUGCCCAAGCCUUGGAGGGCGCACAGCGACGCCCAGUGGCAAGCCGCCCUGCCCGAUUGUCCUGAGGAUGACAAGGACAAGCCCGAUCGCCCGAGGUGCGCUGACCGGACAAUGUGGACGGGCAUCUACACUGAUUUUAAGGCCGACAGGGAGAAGUACUGCAAGGCCUGGCUGUGA